AUGCCGCCCUCGGACGCGCCGCCCGCGCCCACCGCGCCGCCGCCCGACCCGCCCGCCACUCAGCCCCAGAAGUCCCGGUCGAUGGUAGUGUCGCUGACGCCGCCCCGGGAGCGCGAGACCUGGGCCAAGAAGGCGGAGUUCCUGCUGGCGGUGGUCGGCUUCGCGGUUGACCUGGGCAAUGUGUGGCGCUUCCCUUACAUCUGCUACCAGAAUGGGGGAGGUGCAUUCCUGAUCCCGUACUGCGUGAUGCUGCUGUUCGGCGGGAUGCCGUUAUUCUUCAUGGAGCUGGCGCUGGGCCAGUACCAUCGCUGCGGCUGCCUCACGCUCUGGAAGAGGAUCUGCCCUGCGCUGAAGGGCGUGGGCUACGCGAUCUGCAUGAUCGACAUCUACAUGGGCAUGUACUACAACACGAUCAUCGGCUGGGCGGUCUACUACCUGGUGGCGUCCGUCUCGUCCAUCAACUCGGUGCUGCCGUGGACGAGUUGCAACAACGAGUGGAACACCCCUCUGUGUUCUCCGGUGACGGCGCCGCAGACUAAUCCUAAUGCUUCUACGCCUGCUAAGGAGUUCUUUGAACGCAACGUGCUGGAGCAGCACAAGUCCAACGGGCUGGACUACAUGGGCCCCAUCAAGCCGUCGCUGGCGCUCUGCGUGUUCGGGGUCUUUGUGCUGGUGUACUUCUCACUGUGGAAGGGAGUCAGGAGUGCUGGGAAGGUGGUCUGGGUAACUGCGCUAGCUCCAUAUGCUGUGCUGCUGAUCCUGCUGGCACGAGGAGUCACACUGCCGGGAGCCACCGAGGGUAUCCGCUACUACCUCACACCGGAGUGGCAUAAGCUGCAGAAUUCUAAGGUGUGGAUCGAUGCAGCCUCCCAGAUCUUCUUCUCCCUGGGUCCUGGGUUCGGCACGCUGCUGGCACUGUCCAGUUAUAACAAGUUUAACAACAACUGCUACCGGGAUGCUCUCAUCACGUCCUCCAUCAAUUGUCUCACUAGCUUCCUAGCGGGUUUUGUUAUUUUCUCUGUUUUGGGCUACAUGGCGCACGUGCAGAACAAGAGCAUCGAGGAGGUGGGUCUGGAAGGCCCAGGGCUGGUGUUCAUCGUGUACCCUGAAGCCAUCGCCACCAUGACCGGCUCCGUCUUCUGGGCCAUCAUAUUCUUCCUCAUGCUUAUUACGCUCGGACUUGACAGCACUUUUGGAGGUCUAGAAGCAGUGACGACAGCGCUAUGUGACGAGUACCCGCGCGUGCUGGGGCGGCACCGGGAGGCGUUCGUAGCUGUGUUACUGCUCUUCAUCUAUAUCUGUGCUCUGCCGACUACUACUUAUGGCGGUGUAUACCUAGUAGACCUACUUAACGUGUACGGCCCCGGGCUGGCCAUCCUAUUCGUGGUGUUUGCGGAGGCAGCUGGUGUCUGCUGGGUGUACGGAGUAGACCGGUUCUCUGAAGACGUGAGGACCAUGCUGGGACACACGCCUGGAUGGUUCUGGAGGGCCUGCUGGUCUUAUAUCAGUCCAGUAUUCCUGCUGGUACUCUUCAUAGUAUCAGUCCUAGCACACGAAGAGAUGCUGGGCGGCGAGUACUCCUACCCGGCCUGGUCCAUCACGGUGGGUUGGGUCAUGACCGGCACCACCGUCUCCUGCAUCCCUCUCUACAUUCUAUACAAGUUCAUCAUAACGCCUGGCAGUUUCCUUCAUCGAAUCAAAACCAUCAAGCGACCUGAAGUCAUCUCGAUACCGCCAACGGACCCAACGCUCUGCAGCCUGUGACCUGACCAAUACAGCUCAGCCCCUCUGCAGACGAAGCCAGCCAUCGAGUGGCUCGUCUAAAACUCUGCAGCACUCUGCAAAGUCGCCCCAACUCUGCAGUAUUACCCCAAACAGUAUUAUAAAAAAAUAUUGCAUUUUAUUAGUCAAAAUUGUAAUUAUAAGCGUUGAUAUAAAACUCCGGUAUGUUAUUGUAUUGUAGAUUUAAUAAAAUAAACCAAAGUUACAUCGUAGAUUUUAAGCAUUAUCGGCUUUUGGUAAAUGUUUAAGAAAAUAUUAUUAUGUAGAAAAUUCGUAGUUCUUUAUAAUGUGUACAAAGUUUUCGAGAAAAAUAAUAACAAUCAGUAUGUUAUUGCUUUAAGUAAAAAUAAAGAAAGCCUAUGGAAAAACUGUAGUAUUUAAAUUUUUCAAUAUUUAUUCGUCGUGUACUAAUAUACCAACAACGAAUAUAUAAAUAAGUGUAUAAUGGACUUAAAUAAAUUAUUUAUAAUUACUGUUGUAUAUCCUAAAAAAGUGUUGCUGGACAGACUAUAAAGAGUAAUUGCGUGGAUGUAAGAAAUACUUAUACUACCCAUGAACUAUAUAGAUUCAUAUAAAAUUAUUUAUACGAACUAGCAGUAGUUUUUGGUAGUAUAUGUAAUUUCAACUUGUGAAUAAAUGCAUGGAUUAUUUCUUAAAUACAUUUUAAUAAUUAGUCGUAAGCAAACCCCAUUGUAAAUAAGCUUUUAUAGAAAUAUUCAAAAAAUAUAUACAUUUCUAUACUCCUGGGCAAUGAGUGCAGAAACGAUAUAUAUUUACUAUUAGAAAUAAGGUAUAUAACAUUUGUAUAUAAUACUUGAAAUGUGAAAUGAAGUUAAUGGGAUCAUAUGAUUAGGUUUUCAGUGUAGAAAAUACGAUUAUAAAACAGUAUCUUAAAGCAUUAUUACU